AUGAUUUAAUAAAGCAUAUUCCAUUAUUAAGCUAAAUACCAAUUAACUAUAGUUUUGAUUUAUUAAUUAAAAUUGUAGAUUGGACCACUUAUAACUUUAUUUAUGUAAAGGGUUAAAAUAUCUUUCUAUAUAAUUAAUAAUAAAAUGAUAAUAAAAAUCAACAAUUAGCUUAGUUAGACUCAAAUAUUACAGAAUGGUAAUACUGUUUCAGUCAAAAAAUUAUAGUUGCAAAAACUUAAAAAUAAAACAUAUUUAUCAUAAAGGUAUUAGAUGGAACUAAAAUUUAAGUUGAUACUUAGUUUUAAUACUAAAAUAAAUAGGUUGUUUUAUAACUUAAGUUUACUUUAUCAUGCAGUGAAAAUUUGCUAAUAAUUUAUUCUCCUAUUGUUAAAAUUAAAGACUUACUUACUGGUUUAGACUCCUAAUAAUUUAAAAAGGUUAAUAAUUUGCCACUUUAAAAUUAUUUUCAAAACAUUCCAAUAAUAAACUCCAAAGAAUAUCUUUUAAUAUGUUUUAUUAGCCCCGAAAUUACCUUUUUUUAUAGAAACAGUUUUAAAAAUAUUAUUGAGUUGUUUGAUUACAGAUCUAAUAAUACAAACAUCUAUUAUGAUUUAAAAUACAAUACUUUAAUAGGAGUCACAGGUGUUACAAAAUAAAUUAACAUUAUGA